CACAAGGGCUGUUACGUGCGUCGAUGGUGGUUCGUUUCUUUCCCUCAAGAGAAUCAUUCAGCCGGCCGGCUGCAGAGGCACCGUAUCAACGACGACAGCGUUCCAGAGCUGAGCCAAAUUGCAAAUUACAAGUUGCCAGAAGUCUUGAUGAAGUUCUCCACAUCCGCAUACUUUCUACUUUGCGGCCUCCUUCUGAUUUGGCAAGGGACCAAAGCAGCAGAGGUUCGCUGCUUCCCCGAGGUACACUGCGAGGGAGAACUCAUACAAACUGUAUUUACUCCAAGAGAGUGCUGUAUUGAGAAUGCUAUUGGUAUGUCAUACGACUACAGUGGACAGAUUGAGAAAUGCCACACUUGUGAAGUUCUAGGGUGGAAGCAGGCUCACGUCUAUGCCAUUGAAGACUCUGUCAUUUCAAUCCCGUUUGGAGCAAACAGAGGUGCUGCGGAAUCACGAUACAUUUUCAACGUGGAAUACAUCUCCAACGAAGCCAACGCCACUAUGCUUGACCAGACAGUUUUGACUUCGAUUAUAUACAGUGCCAUUGAUAUGGAGGUGAAAGUCAGGCUACCUACAUACAGCAGUAGUGACAGGUACACCACCAAGAACUCCACACUUAGGAUCGCCAAACAGCUCCCUGCAUCCUUCAGCGAAGCACAAUUCAUCUAUCCUGAAGAGGUCACCCUGCAUGUCAUUGUUCCAGCAGUGAGUUUUGAGAGGAGUAGCUACAGCAUCGAGUACUCUGAGAACAUGGCAGUUACUGUCUGUCUCUCCUACGACAACACUGGAGGAGGCCACGCCCAGUUCAGCGUCAACGUCUCGGUUACUGGACAAGGUGGUGGUUUUUCCAAGACACACAGAUUUGGCUUCACCGCACACUCUGGAAGUUCUUGUGACUCUGUCUCUCUCCCUCUCUCUGCCAUCCACGACCCCUUCACUGACACCGUCUUCUCAGUUGCCAUAGUACACCAGGACCAGCCUCCAUUUGAUCUGGGACCUAAUUCUAGUGUCAGUCUUACCGUCAAAGCUCUGAUAGCUACAGUGCCAGAGGUGCAAUUUGAGGAGAGUCAGAAGAACUACACUCUCCCAGUGACUUCUAUUGAGACUUGUCUUGUCAGAACGUCACCGAUGAGAUGGACAGUACACUGCCACUUACUGUCAAUGUCUCUCUAUCCAGAGGUAUGACUUCUGCCUCCCAAGCAGAGAUUCUCUCCGUUGUCUUUGCUGAAAAUAGCACAAGGUCCUGCCUGAGCCUUACCCUUACACCAGCAGAGGUUGAACAAAAGCAGAGCUUCAAACUAGUCAUCGUUGCAACAAGAAGUGGUCUACCAACUUUCAAAGUCGGGUCUCGUUCUUCUACAAUGAUAGUAGUUGGAGAGAGAGAGGGAGAGGAUGUGGCGGUGGACAUAGGAAAUGGUGAGGCUCUGAAUGAGACAGUGGGAUACUAAUGAAUGCAGGGUUUGAAUAAGACAUCCUGUGGGUUAAUGAUAAUAUGUGCAUCCUGUGGGUUAAUGAUACGUGGGAUUGUGGUAAUGUGGUGAUUUACAGUUUGUUGUUAGUAUAUAUUGAUGUUGAGAGUCAGUGUACGUAAAGCAAAGUCGUCGACCAACCCUCAAUGGUCAAUACCAACUACUGUUACGAACGUGGAUAAAGCAUAAUACUCAUGCUUAUGUGCUACUCCAAAACACCUCAUGAGAUGGCUACGUUUAGACGAUAAUUAUUGUUCAUGCCUCUAGUAUGCAAUAAGUGGGCAAUAGCUGGCCCAGGUAAUAAUCCCAUUGGUUAGAACUUCUGAACCAGCAUUUAUGUACCUAUAGCUCUCUCUUUAGGCAGUUAUUAUAGCACGAACCAUAGUGUUGCAUGCGUGUCAAAAAUCAUAUGGUAGCAAUAAUGUUAUUCUGGAUUUCUCCCUCCAUCUCAUCCCUGUCUCUCAAAGCUGGUCUAGACCGAGACUCUAGUGACAGCUCUGGUCCAGAUAACUGGGUCAUUGGAGUGGCUGUUGCAGUCCCGGUUCUCCUGCUACUGGUUAUCAUCGCCACCACCGCCAUCAUUGGUGCUCUGGUCUACCACUUCAAACAUCCAGCAGUACCACAAGACUCGCAUAUUCCUCCUGAAAAAGCAUAGCUUAUGUAUGAUUGUCGGUGAAUCUCUGUAUGAACAAGUGCAAUGCAGUCAGUUUUAUGAUGCACAUGUUGUAAGUGCAAAGUAGGGUUGGGAAUGGAAUUAUCACACCCGGAUGCAUGCAGUGCUUUUUUAUAUAAUAGCGCUGCUUCUUUUGUAUUAUUAUUUAUAGCUAUGUUGUUGAUCGUUUAUUAAGUGCUAGUAUUGUGUCUAUUGCAAUAAGUUUAUUUCGUUUCCUCCUUUCUUGUACAAUGAAAUGUGUCAGUCGCAGUGUACACUCUACAACUAAAGAUAG